AUGACACUUCCACUUAUUUCGGAUCAAUCUCGAAAAUCAGAAGUUAAUUCAAUGAAUACAUUUUGUACAUCAUCAAAUUUUCAUAUGAAUCCACUUUUUUCGACACUUUUUCCUAAUCUCACAUCUCAACAACAACAACAACAAUUUCUUACUCAAUUAUUACUUUCUGGAGCAACUUGUCCGCCAUUAUUAUCAUUUACUAAUAAUCCUCUUGCAAAUGCAUUACAAUUACUUCUCAAUAAUAGUGCUCUCUUUUUUCAACAACAAAAUCUUUCACUUUGUUCAAUACCAACACUUAUCGAUAAUAACAAAAUACAAGAAUCAUUAAAUACAGAAUCAAUUUCCACAAGAACAAUUUCACCUGUGAAUAUGAAAUAUAAACAUGAAUCAAUUGAUUGCAGUUCAUCGGAUACAAAUGAAAAAUCAACAUUAGAUGAUGAUGAUAGUUCGCCAACAAUAGCUACAACACUUGCAUCAUUACCUAUUAAUAAUAAUGAAACAGCAAUAACAACAACAACAACAGUUGAUGGAAUUAAUUUAGAAGAAAUAAAGCAAUUUGCAAAAGCAUUUAAAUUACGUCGGUUAGCAUUAGGUUUAACACAAACACAAGUUGGCCAAGCAUUAAGUGUUACUCGUGGACCAGCAUAUAGUCAAUCAGCUAUAUGUCGUUUUGAAAAACUUGAUAUAACACCUAAAAGUGCUUCAAAAAUAAAACCGGUACUUGAAAAAUGGAUGCAUGAAGCUGAAUUAAAAUAUGGUGAUCGACUAAAAAAUGGACCAUCAAAUUUACAUGAACUUGUUACUGAUCUUAAUGCAAAAAAACGUAAAAGACGUACAUCAUUUACACCUCAAGCACUUGAAAAAUUAAAUGAUGCAUUUGAAUUAAAUACACAUCCUUCAGGUGUUGAUAUGUCAACACUUGCACAACAAUUAAAUUAUGAUCGUGAAGUAAUUCGUGUUUGGUUUUGCAAUAAACGACAAGCAUUAAAAAAUUCUGCGAAAAAAUUUAAAACAAAUCAGAUCAAUGAUGAUAAUGAAUCAACAACUAGUUCUUUAAUGAAUAACAAAUUAAUUGAUACAACAAAUCAUUCAACAAAAGAAUAA